AUGGGGCACCCAGAUGAUAUUACUAACGUCCCUUCGAUGGCCGAGAAACCAGUCACCGGAGAGCAGGUCUCGCCAGUAUGUGAUGUGAAUGGCCACUUCUCCGAUGGUGAUGUCGAGAAGAGGGCGCUUUCACAGCUGCCGGACCUCAAGAGGAAACUCAAGAGCGGGACACUUGGUACAGGUCUCUUCAUCGGAUCAGGGCAAGCACUUGCUCAUUCUGGGCCUGCUGGGGCUCUUAUUGCUUAUGCCUUCGUUGGGACCAUCGUUUACUCAGUGAUGCAGUCUCUUGGCGAAAUGGCCACUUAUAUCCCCAUUUCCGGAGCAUUUACAUCGUACGCUACGCGAUUUGUAGACCCUAGCCUGGGAUUCGCCAUGGGCUGGGUCUAUUGGUUCUCCUGGGCCAUCACGUUCUCACUGGAACUCACAGCUACCGGGUUGAUCAUCCAAUACUGGAACCAGGACCUCAAUAUCGGAAUCUUCAUCGGCGUAUUCUGGCCUUUUAUUACCUUCUUCAAUCUCCUCCCCGUCAGCUUCUACGGGGAGCUGGAGUUUUGGUUCUCAAGCAUCAAGGUUAUAACAGUCAUCGGCUUCCUUAUAUUCGCCAUCUGCAUUGAUGCUGGAGCGGGUCAACACGGCUACCUAGGCUUCCAUACCUGGGGAACACCAGGAGCCUUUGCUCCCUAUCUAAUAGAGUCUAAUGAGGCUCUCGCUAAAUUCGUGGGAUUCUGGGCGGUGCUUAUCCAAGCUGGAUUCUCCUACCAAGGGACAGAGUUAGUCGGCAUAGCAGCAGGCGAGACGGAGAAUCCCCGCAAGAACGUCCCGGCCGCUAUCAAGAAGACCUUCUACCGAAUCCUAUUCUUCUUCAUCUUUACCGUCUUCUUCAUUGGCCUCCUCAUCCCAUACGACAAUCCCGACCUCCUGUCAGGUGCUUCAGAUGCCUCCGCCUCACCCUUCGUCAUCGCUGCCGUCCUUGCGGGCGUAGACGUCCUGCCCGGUCUAAUCAACGCCAUUCUCCUCACUGUCGUCCUCUCCGCUGCAAACUCAAACGUCUAUUCGGGGAGCCGUAUCCUCGUCGGCUUAGCACACGAAGGCAUGGCACCCAGGUUCUUCAAACGCACCAGCAAGCAAGGUGUCCCAAUCGCAGCCGUACUAUUUACCGCAGCCUUUGGGCUCCUCGCCUUUCUCAAUCUCUCCAACAACGGUGCCACUGUUUUCGACUGGCUCCUCAACAUCUCCUCCGUUGCAGGAUUCAUCACUUGGGCUUGCAUAAACGGAUGCCACAUCGCGUUCAUGCGCGCCCUAAAGGCACGAAACAUGUCCCGGGAUGCCCUUCCAUACAAGGCAAUGUGGCAGCCAUGGUACGCAUGGUACGGACUUUUCUUCAACAUCCUCAUUAUCUUCACCCAAGGAUUCACGGCUUUUAUCCCGUGGGAUACGACACAAUUCUUCAUUGCAUACGUCAGCUUAAUAUUGUUUGUUGUAUUGUAUUUGGGGCAUAAGAUUUUAAUGCGGACGAAGUUUGUGAAGGCUUUGGAGGCUGAUCUUGAUACUGGGUGUUUGUUACACGACGAAACGACCUGGAGUAUUAAUACCCCGACAACAUUUUGGGGGAAGAUGUGGGCCUGGAUUUGA